CCCCUUGAAGUAAACUUCGGUAAAUGUUUCACAAUACUAUAAAUGUCAGAAAAGUACAUUUCCAUUUAAUUAACAUUGUAAAAAAAAAUUGCACAUGGUGCUCAUUCACACAAAUUCAUAAGAAAGAAUAUGGUUUAAGAGACAAGUGUUUGUAAUAGUUAGGAGAGUUACUAUUUCAGUGAAACUCUCCUCCAGACCUGAUGGAUGUAAACGUCCACCUCACAAUCUCUCUGUCUCCGACAACCGCACACGACCAUCAUGAAGAUCAAGAGCCCAAAACCAAUCAACAGUGAUGUCCGGGCGGUUCACGGGUCUUUAGCGUUGGAUGUACAAAGGUGCAAUGCUGUGUUUAUCCAGAAGAUGGCAAUAAAAUACAACACAAGCAGACUGCAAUUUGUUCUUGUUUUAUUUGGGAGCUUCCUAUUGUUAUGGACAUCAAAUGCUCAGUCGUUUGUAACAGGACUGACAAAAAAGAAGACGGACAACAUCACCAUCAUGAAAAUGGCUCUGGUGCUGAACAUUCAAAGCUCCUCCCCCUCAAUGACACUCACUCUGCUUGUGAGCUGUUACCUUACAUGAGAAUAAACACUUCUUUUAUUGCUGGUGACGGGUCAGGAAAUUCCACCACAGAAACCUCUUCCUGUCCCCUCUUGACAUCGAGUGGUGGGACAUGACAAGUAGGGUCUGGUUACUAAUGAUGUCAACACCAAUGACUAAGGUUUGGAAGACAUGCAUUGACUUUCUGAUCACUUUUGACAGGUGCCCAAAGCAGGAAACCUGUUAAUGACAGUAAAUUAUGUCUCUUAAAUUAUUCAGAAGAAUUCUUGCAUUUCAACCCAUCCUGUAGUAGUGACCACAAGAAACAGUACUGGGUGGACAGAAUCAAAACAAUGUCAGAGUCGGGAGCCACACUGAACAUCAGUGAUAACUCAAAUGAAGAUGGGCAGCAGCAGGAUUUCCAACCACAGCCGAGGAAAAGUGUGGAGAGCAAAGAAUCAAGCUGUGGAGACAUAGCUAUGCUGGACAAGACGGAAGAGUUCUUCCAGAUCUGUGACAGCGAGGGAAAGGGCUUUAUCACAAGCACUGAUAUGAGGAGGCUACACAAUGAAUUGCCACUAACUGCUGAGGAGCUCGAGAAUGUUUUUGACUCACUAGACCUUGACAAAAAUGGCUGUCUCACCCUGCUAGAGUUCUCCUCUGGAUUCAGUAAAUUUCUUCAUGGACGGAGGAUCUCAGUGACGGAGGAUCUAAUUCUCUCUCCCUCUCAGAACGUCUCUGGUGAUCUUCAUCAGAGCCAGUGGGAUGAAUUCGUGUCAGGAAAUGAAGACGAGGAAGAGAGGCAUUUCAGCAUGUUGAUGGACAGCAAUGUCUUUGAGGACCCGAGUGAGGUCCGCAGUUUAUGGACUCAGCUCAGGAAAGAUGAACCUCACCUCUUGUCCAACUUUGAGGAGUUUCUGGCUCGUGUCACAUAUCAAAUCAAAGAGGCACAACAAGAGAGGAAGGAGAUUGAGAGCGUGCUUAAGAGGAAUGCAGCCACACAUGACAGUGAAAUCUGUAGAUUGUAUGAGGAAAUGGAACAGCAGAUUAAUAAUGAGAAAGACAGAGUCAUUCUGAAGGAUUCUGAAAGUCUGCACCUGCGCAGCCACGACCUCCAACAGCAGCUUCGCAGUAAAGAACAGGACCUGGAGCAACUUUUUCAGAAACAAAGGAGGUUGGAAGGACAAUGCCGUGAGCUUCACAGUGAGCACCAGGAGAGCCGGCUGGAGAACGUCAAUCUGAAACUGACCAAUGAGGAGCUGUCUCACGAGCUGGCGCACACCUGCCAGGAGCUGAUGUUGGCGCAGGAGCAGCUGGGAGUUCUGCAGGGGCAGGCAUCUCGACUACAGCAGGAGAGAGAGAUGGAGAUGUACAGAAUUACAGAAGGACUGCAGAGAGAAAAAGAAAGUUUGAUGAAAGAGUUAGAUCUGCUCAGAGAAAUGAAUAAGCAUUUAAGAGAUGAGCGAGACAUUAACUUUCUGAAACGCAGCAAUUCGACGAAGAACUCCUCACAAAAACAAAUGCCGAGCACAGCCUCAAUAAAAUGCAGUGAGAGAAAGUCAUCAGUCAAAAAAGAAGUUGACACAGAGGAAGUUACUCAUCGCUCUAACAGGAAGUCUGUAGCACACGGACGCUACACCCCCUUCACCACAGGGGAUGAUGGGAAGGUGGAGGUGGACAGGCGACCAGACAAGGUACCUGGGGACACAGAAGGUGAGAAUGUCGGGGUGGAUGGGGAGGAUGCGCCCCCAGAUGGUUGGCUUCUCCGAAGGGUCAUAUCCAUCGAGGAGGACCACCUGCCCCACCUGCUGCAAGGAGACACCAACCUUCUGCUCCAUCAGUUGAGUGAGGAAGAUGAGGAGUGGGGCGGAGAGGAGGAAGGUCAGGCCGAUCUACAGAUCAGCUCCAUGUACCCCUCCAGUGCAUCUCUGGCUUCUGCCGAUUCUCCACCGCCAGUGAGGGUGAAGAAGCCCUCCAAGAAAUGGAUCAUGCCCUCUUCUGCAAGGGGUCAACCUGCCGGCAAAGAAACCUUCCGGCAGUCUCCUGCAGAAGGUGCAGCUGCGGCCCCUCAGCAUCUCUUUAAGGUGAUUCUGGUGGGAAAUUCUAGCGUGGGUAAAACAGCUCUGCUGCGACGCUUCUGUGAUGGACACUUCCACUCAGCAACCUCAGCCACUGUGGGCAUUGACUACAGCGUACGGAUAUUGAAUUUAGGAGACAGUCACGUGGCUCUGCAGUUAUGGGACACUGCAGGUCAAGAGAGGUACCGCAGCAUUACCAAGCAGUUUUUCCGCAAGGCCGACGGUGUGGUGAUCAUUUAUGACAUCACAGCUGGAGAUAGUUUCAGGUCAGUGCGGCCCUGGUUGGCCAGUAUACAAGAGGCGGUGGGCGACCCUAUUCCUGUCAUGCUGCUCGGCAACAAAGCGGACAAGGAUGAUGAGAGGGAGGUGGAGAUGAAGGAAGCAGAGAUGCUAGCUCAGGGAACACAUCUGAUGUUCAGCGAGUGCAGUGCUUAUAAUGGAGAUAAUGUGGUUGAGGCCAUGACACAUCUGGCCAAAGUCUUGAGAGAACAGGAGGACAAGGCUUGGGUCAACACUGUCAGACUUGUGGAUCAGCCAGUAAAGAAGAAAACUUGCUGCAAGUGACCAAACAUACACUCACACACACCUCU